ACUUAUUUAUUUAAUGUAGAAAAAUCGUUUGUUUUUAGUUUUAUUACAUUGUUUCUUAUUUCGUUUACUAAAGAUGUAUUUAGAGAGAGACGAAGAUUUGCAAAAUUUUCUUCGAGAUAAUGGAUUUGAUAGCAUUGAUUUGCGAAGUGACCUCGAAUUGAAUUGUUCUGUUCCAGACAUAUUAGAGUUUCCAAAUUUAUUUCGAAAAAAAUCCAUAUUCAACCUUGUCUUUUGUGGGGUGACUUGCUUAUAUCUCUUCAUUUUUUUGGCAAUUGUUUGUGAUGAUUAUCUUGUGACUUCUAUGGAGCGCUUAUCUUACGCACUGCGAAUGACAUAUGAUAUAGCUGGAGCAACUUUUAUGGCCGCAUCAACUUCAGCUCCUGAGCUUUUUGUAAAUUUUGUGGGCACUUUUGUAACGGAAGGAGAUAUUGGUGUAGGAACUAUCGUUGGCUCCUCAGUAUUUAAUAUCCUGGCCAUAUGUGCCGUUUGCGGAUUAUGCACAGGAGUCACAAGCAAGCUAGAUUGGUGGCCGAUAACUCGCGACAUUGCGUGGUAUUUGAUAUCUAUUGUAGUGUUGUGUGUUGUGCUUUUGGACUCUCUAGUUACAGUAUACGAGUCAGUUAUUCUUUGUGUGGGCUAUAUCUUAUACAUGAUAUGCCUAUUAUUUGAUAUAAAAAUACAGCGUCUUUUCCGAGAGGUGGAUCAUGAAGCAGAACGUAUAACCGAAAAUCCCAUGGACCGUGAAGAAGAACCACUUAAGUCUUUUAAGGAUCAUGUACUUACUCCACCUGAAGGCGGUUGCUGUGCUUGGGUGUGGUGGAUAAUUAAGUACCCAUCCCUAUUGGUGUUGGCCCUUACAGUACCUAGCGUUCGAACCAUUUACCUUCUUACAAUGAUCGUAUCUGUAGUCUGGAUCAGCGUUGUAUCAUAUAUUCUUACUUGGUUCCUUACUGUGGUCGGCUACAACAUAGGUAUACCGGAUUCGAUAAUGGGUUUGACAAUAUUGGCAGCGGGCACUAGUGUCCCUGAAGCGGUUUCGUCCUACAUUGUAACCAAGAAAGGUUAUGGUGCCAUGGCUGUAUGCAAUGCUGUUGGAUCGAAUACAUUUGAUAUAUUCAUCUGCUUGGGACUCCCAUGGCUUCUAAAACAUCUAAUAUUGAGAAGAUCGGUCGAAAUUAACUCUUCAGGCCUAGCUAUCACAUCGGCCAUGCUUCUUAUAACUGGCAUUUUACUGUUCGUUUCUUUCCUGGUGACGAAGUGGACGAUGGGAAAGCUGGUGGGUUUUAUAUGUCUUAUCGCUUAUCUUAUUUUCCUGGUCAUUUCGUGUGCCUUGGAAAUUUAUUUGCUGAAGCCUACGUGUGACAUCGAGUCGGCGGAGUAUGAGUAUUUAGCCAAGAAUAAGUAGUGCCUACGGAAUAUUUUUUCCUUAAUUUAGUAUAUCUAUAUUUAAACAACAAUGAAAAAUUUUAAAAUGUAUUUAAAUUCAUGGAUGUGGUUAAUAAAAAAAAACCAAUUCAUUCGUUACCUGGUACCAUAA